AAUCCGCCGGUCCGUAGGACAGUCAAGUCAAUUUUACAGUGUGGACAGACCUCGAUCUGCUGCUGUGCGGAGACUCCUCUCACUUAGCCUGGGUGAGUCAUGGCCCAGUUCGGGGGACAGAAGAACCCGCCGUGGGCAACACAGUUCGCUGCUACAGCGGUAUCCCAGCCAGGCCACUCAGGGCAGUCUCUUGAUCUCAGCAGUCUUCACUCUCUUGGAGUACAGCAGCCAUCUCUCCUGGGUGCAUCUCCCUCCAUGUAUUCCCAACAGUCUGCCUUGGCUGCAGCCUCUCUCAGCAACCAGUCUGCUGCCAACUACCAGCUGUCUCAGCAGACUGCAGCCUUGCAGCACCAAGCUGCAGCAGCAGCCGCUGCAGCGCUUCAGCAGUCUCAGAUCAACACAGCCCUCCAGCAGUAUCAGCAACAGCAACAGCAACAACCUCCACAGCAGCCUCCUCAACAGCAACUAUACAAUGUACCUCACCAGCUUCCGCAGCCUCAGCAGGCAUUGAUCUCACAGCCCCCUGUCGCCUUGCCUACCAGUCUGAGCCUGUCCAACCCUCAGCAGACUGCCCAGAUCACCGUGUCCUACCCGACACCACGCUCCAGCCACCAGCAGCAGACGCAGCCUCAGAAGCAGCGAGUAUUCACAGGCGUUGUCAACAAACUGCAUGACACAUUUGGCUUUGUGGACGAGGAUGUCUUUUUUCAGUUGAGUGCUGUGAAGGGGAAGACUCCUCAGGUGGGCGACAGAGUCCUAGUGGAAGCCGUGUACAACCCCAACAUGCCCUUCAAGUGGAAUGCACAGCGCAUCCAGACCUUACCUCAGUUAGCCAACCAGUCGCAGCAGCAGCCUCAGGCUUCCCCACAGCUGGGCAGCUUUUACAAUGAGCCCGGGAUGCAGCUGCGCUACUCAGACAUGCACUCCACUGUGGACAACAGACAAAAUAGUCAACCUCAGGCUCCUAAUAUGAUGAAGCCAGCCCCUACCAUGCUGCAGUCCUUGCCUCCCCCCACCACCUUCAGCGUUCCAGCCCAAGGUCCUCCUCCCCCCCUGCUACAGGCCCAGCUUUCUGCUGCCUCUCUGGCCCCACUCCUCCAGAAUCCUCCUCAGCCCCUGCUGCCACAGCCUCCACCCAAAGACGUGUUUUCUGGGGGUCUGCUCCAGCCCCCGGUGAGAAUGAUGCCUCAGCCUCAGCCGGUCCGACGCAUUGAACCCCCUCCUCGCUUCCCAAAUCGUAGUGACAGAGGCCCUGAGCUGAUCCUCAGGACUAAAGAUGAACGCAGCCGCGAGAGAGAGCGUGAGCGCAGGCGAUCAAGAGAGCGCUCACCCACUCGCAAACGUUCCAGAGACCGCUCCCCAAGGCGGGAGCGCUCCCCAAGGCGGCCUCGCAGGGUGGUUCCCCGCUACACUGUCCAAUUCUCCAAGUUCAGCCUAGAUGGUUCCAACUGUGACAUGAUGGAGUUGAGGAGGCGGUACCAGAGCCUUUACAUCCCCAGCGACUUCUUUGAUGCUGUCUUCACUUGGGUUGAUGCUUUCCCACUGUCACGCCCUUUCCAGUUCGGUAACUACUGUAAUUUCCACAUCUUACACAAGGAGGUGGAUCCCCUGGUCAAGAACUGUGCGGUGCUGGACCCACCUGAUGCCAACCACACCUAUAGCGCCAAGGUGAUGCUGCUUGCCAACCCCAGCAUAGAGGAGCUCUAUCAUAAGUCAUGUGCUCUAGCAGAGGAUCCCCAGGAGGUCAGGGACUCCUUCCAACACCCUGCUAGACUCAUUAAGUUUUUGGUGGGGAUGAGAGGUAAAGAUGAGGCCAUGGCCAUCGGUGGUCACUGGUCUCCCUCUCUGGAUGGCGCAGACCCAGAGAACGACCCCUCAGUCCUUAUAAAGACAGCCAUACGCUGUUGCAAGGCACUCACAGGCAUAGACCUUAGUCUAUGCACUCAGUGGUAUCGUUUUGCAGAGAUUCGCUAUCAUCGGCCGGAGGAGACUCACAAGGGGCGGACAGUCCCCGCACAUGUGGAGACAGUGGUUUUGUUUCUCCCGGAUGUUUGGCAUUGUCUUCCUACCCGCUCAGAGUGGGAGGGGCUGUCGCGGCGACUGCGGGAGCAGCUGGUUGAGAAGCUGUCGGCCGAGCGAAAGGAGGCGGAUGGAGAACAGGAUGAAGAGGAGAAGGAUGAUGAUGAAUCAAAGGAAGUCACCACCCCCACUCACUGGGCUAAGCUUGAUCCAAAGUCAAUGAAGGUGAGUGACCUGCGGAAGGAGCUGGACUGUCGUUCUUUGAGUUCUAAGGGGUUAAAGUCGCAGCUUAUCGCCCGUCUUACCAAGCAGCUGAAGGUGGAGGAGCAGGUGGAGGAGGCAAAGGAGCCAGAGAAACCAGAGAGUAAAGCUGCUGAGGAGGAGGAGCCACUUCGUAUAGAGGAAGACCGAGAGGAGGAGGAUAAAAGGAGGCAGGAGGAGCUUGAACGCCAGCGGAGAGAAAGACGUUACGUUCUUCCAGAAGAGCCCACUAUCCUCGUACACCCCAACUGGGCUGCAAAAAAUGGCAAGUUUGACUGCAGUGUCAUGUCCCUGAGUGUGCUGCUAGACUACAGGCUGGAGGAUAACAAGGAGCACUCCUUUGAGGUUUCCUUGUUUGCCGAGCUGUUUAAUGAGAUGCUACAGCGGGACUUUGGCUAUCGCAUAUAUAAAGCCCUUGCUACUUUUCCUACCAAGGAUGAGAAGAAGGAGAAGAAAGCUAAGAAGGAAACCGACAAGCGUGAAAUAAAGCGAGAAAAGGAUGACGACUACGAUGAACCGGCUUCAAAGAAGACCAAAGAAGAGGACGAAAAGAAGAAGGAUGAUGAAAAGGCUGUGAACAAGGAGGAGUCUCAUGAUGAUGAGGACAAUGAGGAUGACGGCAGCACAACAAACGCUGAAGAAUAUGACCCAAUGGAGGCUGAAGAUGCAGAUGUUGAUGAUGACAAUGAUAAGGAUGAUGACGACUCCAAUGACAGAGACAGAAAAGAUGACCGCAAGAAUGACAGAAAAUCUUCCAGAGAGAGGUCGUCCAAGGACAAGGAGAAGAAGCAGAUGGUCACAUACAACAGGGAGCUGCUGAUGGCCUUCAUCUACUUUGACCAGAGCCACUGUGGUUAUUUGUUGGAGAGAGACCUGGAGGAGAUCAUGUACACGCUAGGCUUGCACCUGUCUCGGGCUCAGGUAAAGAAGCUAUUGAAUAAACCAGCGGUCAGAGAGUCUUGUUAUUAUCGUAAACUGACCGACAGGGGAAAAGAUGAGGCUGUUGCUGCCUACAGUGAUUCCCAGCUGGAAAACCUACUAGGUAACAGAGGGUUGCUUUCAGCCUCAAAGGCUCGUGCUCAGUCUGAAGCCAGUGAGACUGGGAAUCUGAUAGUCUACAACGGAGCAAUGGUGGACAUAGGUAGUAUGAUGCAGAAGCUGGACAAGAGUGAGAAAGCAAGAGAAGAGAUUGAACAGAAGCUCAUGGUGCAGGAUGCCAAAAUGGAGGACGAUGCCAAAAUCGUUGCCCAGUUGGAGCAGGCCAACAAGACGCUGUCCAUAGAGCUGGAGGAGGUGAAGAACACCCUGAGCCAGACUCAAGUGACUCUGGAGGCCACAGAGGAGCACAAGACAAGCUACCACAACCAGCUCCACAAGACAGCCAACACUCUGAGUGCCACUGUCAAAGACCUGCUGGCGGUCCUGAAAAAGGAUCCUGUGUCAGAGGAACCCUCUGAUUUGGUUAGUGGCGAUCAUACGCAGACAUCCCAAACGAAUGGUGCUGACGAGUGAAUGACAACUACAAGUUAAUCAAAUCUGUGAUGAAACCUGUAAAUAUGCUUUAAGCGGUAUAAUUUGACGAAUUUUUGUUUGGACCUAUUGUUAUUUUCUCAAGAACGUGUAGAUUUUAUCCAUUUUAGUUCUGUAGUUUGUUUGGCCUCAUGAUUUCAGUUCAGCACACAGAUUGGUUUGUGUGGUACUUUUUUUUCCUACAUUGGGAUACAUUCUAAUUGAAGUGCUGAAAAGCUUAUUUUCAUAGUUUCGGUUUCACUUGCUAAUGACUACUUUAUUUUCUUUGCGUUGUCCUAUUGGUUUGGUCAUUGAGCACCACAUGUAGAUUUAUGCCAGUAUUUGAGUUGUAAUUAACAAGUGGGUUUUUUUUUCUAAUUAGCAAUAACAAUGUAAUUUAUGUGUGAGAGUUCAGAAGAAAUAUAUUUAAAAGAAAUCCAAACUAAUUUUUAAGGGUUUUUUGUUUUUGUUUUUACCCGGGGUGGGAAGGGGUUGUCUAAUGUCAGACUUAAUUUCUUUGUCAGCAUGUUGCUCAUCCACACCCUUAUUUUAAACGACAGCUGUGUACAAUAAACACAUUGUUAAUUUUGUAGUUCUUCUAUUUGGCUUGUUUAACCAGCUUCCACUCUCCUUGAAGACACAUGGCUAUGCAUGAUUCUUCCUGUGACGAACCUCAACGUCAUGUGGACCUUUGCUAGAACAUGACUACUGUGAUGCAAGUCAUGUGGUCCAUAUUCUACUCUUAGAUUAGGGAGCAUUUGUCCUCUUGUCUGUUGAAACGUGAACCAAACGAUAAGCUGAAUGAAUGUCUCUAAUGCUGAAGGACUCUACUGCAAAUAACAACAUAGUUGUUUGAUAUCAGUUCCUGAAUUCUGUGCAUUAGCUGUUUUGGGAUGUUCUGGGAAAGAGACAACAUUAAAUUGAGACCCAAAGCAGCCAAUUUUAUUUUUCUAUCGACAAUGGAUUUUAUUGGAUGUCUUGUGCAAAAUUAAAGUGGCUCAAUUUAAAACUUAAA